CAGCCAAGUGUUUCUCAGAUGGGUCCACAUGUCAUAGAUGCACUACCACAUAUGCCCUCAGCGCUCUUCAUUUCAGCCCGACAUAAACUUUAAGAGGAUAUAUAUACCCCCACGGAAAAACAUUUUAGGAUCGAACGGAGCCUGGCACUUGACUCCACUCACAGACUGCGGCGAGAGUAAGGACACCACAACAGUUUUUGCACGUGCGAACGACCUUACGAGCCCCACCUCUAUGGGUAUCAUCAGCAUCCGCACGGGCACCCUGCUCCUCGCCGGCCUCGCGUGGUGUGGCGUGCUCGUCGCCGCCGCCGGCGUGUUCAACGUCAAGGACUACGCUGCUCGAGGCCACGGGACCACGGACGACACCAAGGCGUUCAUGGACGCAUGGACGGCGGCGUGCGGCGCCAGAGGCUGGUCGGCGACGCUGCUCGUGCCGGCGGCCAAAUCCUUCCUCGUCGGCCCCACCAGGUUCAGCGGGCCCUGCGCCUCCAGCAGAAUUACCGUCCAGGUCAUGGGCACGAUUACGGCGCCGCCGGCGCGCCCAUGGAGCGAGAAGAACUAUUGGCUGAUGUUCUACCAGGUCCACGGGCUCACGGUUACCGGCGGCAGCACCGGCUUGCUCGACGGCAGAGGCGGGACGUGGUGGGGCGAUAAAUGCAAACGCCAUGCUGACUGUAUACCUAAGGCGCCGACGGCGUUGGUGGUCAUGAACUGCGCCGACGUGGAGCUGAGCCAAUUCAGCAGCAAGAACAGCCCGCAGAUGCACAUCGCCGUCUGCCAGAGCAGCAAGGUCCACCUGACGCAGCUGACGAUCACCGCGCCCUGGGACAGCCCCAACACCGACGGCGUGCACGUCGACCGGAGCCAAGACGUCCGCGUCACCAGAUCGACCAUCGGCACCGGCGACGACUGCGUCUCCAUCGGCCCCGGGAGCCGAUUUGUCACCGUGGACGGAAUCGUCUGCGGCCCCGGCCAUGGUGUAAGUGUGGGGAGCCUGGGCAGGAAGGGAGCAACCGAAUCCGUGGAGUACAUCGACGUAAAAAACGUCCAGUUCAUCAAUACCGCGAAUGGAGCAAGGAUCAAGACGUGGCAGGGUGGGAAAGGUUACGCGAAAUCCAUCUCCUUCACCGACAUAAAGUUCACCAACGUGGACCAUCCUGUGGUCAUCAACCAGUUCUACGUAGACCGCCACGACGUCCCAAACAUGGGGGCGGUGGCGCUGAGCAACAUAACGUACACGAACCUGAAGGGGACUUCGAGGUACAAGACGGCCGUCGAGUUUGACUGCAGCGAGAGCGGCAGCUGCACGAACAUCCACGUCAACUCCGUGGCGAUCACAGCUGCGUACGGCGGAGAAACCGUGGCCCGCUGCCAGAAUGCGCAAGGGGACACCUCCGGAUAUGUCUACCCCAAGAUCCCUUGCCUUAGAUAAUGUAUGUAAUAGAAAAAAAUUAGAUAAUGUAAUAAUACCCAGCCCAGGGUUUAGCAGUGCAUUUGGGGAGAGUAUCCCAUGAUACCAUCUCCCACAUGUUCCCAUGCUCCAAUUUCAAAUAAAUCCAUUGUAAAUGUUUUAAAAAAUAUGGAGAAGAACGAUAUGUCUACAACCCUUAAA